GGGAGAGGAAUCAAAGGACAGAUAGAAUCAACUAUCUCUCUUUUCCUUCCUCGUCCUUCUUUUUUCUCAUUUCCUUCUAAACAUAAAAUGCAUUUGUGAUUCUGCCACAAUAAUUAUAAGUUCAGAAAUCUUAAUUACUGCCCUCUGGUCCUCUUCAAGCAGGUCUAGUAAUUUUGAACAUAUUUGAUCAGGUCAUUAUAUUGAACCAAGUUGAGAACAUUUAGGUCCUCUAAAUCCUGAGGAAAAUAAAAACAAAAAUCUAGGAGCUAAAAUAAAAGCAUGCCUCCAAGCUCUAAAUUCAGAAGAGCCCUUGGGGCAGUGAAGGAUCAAACAAGCAUAAGCCUAGCCAAGGUGGGAAGCAGCACCUCACUUGCUGACCUUGAUGUGGCCAUUGUGAAGGCAACAAGGCAUGAUGAAUACCCUGCAGAAGAGAAGCACAUAAGGGAAAUUUUGAGCCUAACAUGUUACUCUCGAGCAUUCAUCAGUGCAUGUGUUAAUACCCUGGCAAGGCGUCUCAACAAGACAAAGAGCUGGACAGUGGCAUUGAAAACACUCAUUUUGAUUCAAAGGCUGCUAUUAGAAGGUGAUCCUGCCUACGAGCAGGAAAUUUUCUUUUCAACUCGUCGAGGGACUCGGCUUCUCAACAUGUCUGAUUUUCGUGACAGCUUAAAAUCUGGUUCGUGGGACUUCUCUGCAUUUGUUCGCACUUAUGCGUUGUAUCUAGACGAAAGGCUUGAGUACAAGAUGCAAAGCCGGCGUGGAAAACGCAGCAUGUAUAGUUUUGAUGAAGAUGAGGAGGAAAGGGAAAGAGAAAAAGAAAAGGAAAUCAUUGUAAGGUCCACACCGGUGCGUGACAUGAAGUUAGAGCAAAUCUUUUCCAAAAUGCAGCAUUUGCAGUUGCUGCUUGAGCGCUUUUUAGCUUGCCGUCCCACAGGAGGUGCAAAGAACCAUCGAAUUGUGAUAGUGGCUCUCUACCCGAUUGUGAAGGAGAGUUUUCAGAUAUAUUAUGAUAUAUCAGAAAUACUUGGUAUCUUAAUCGAUCGCUUCCCUGACAUGGAUGUGUCAGACUGUGUUAAGGUAUAUGACAUUUUUUGCCGCGUUGGAAAGCAGUUUGAUGAGCUAGACCUCUUUUUUGGAUGGUCCAAGAGCAUUGGAAUUGCACGCUCUUCUGAGUACCCUGAGAUUGAAAGGGUCACACUCAAGAAGCUAGAGGUCAUGGAAGAGUUUAUCAAGGACAAGUCUGCCUUAGCACAAAGCAACAUACCUGAAGCAAUAGAAUAUAAGCACCAAGAAGAAGAAAAAGAAGCUUACGAAUCGGAACCGGAAGAGGAUGUUAAUGCAACGAAGGCGCUACCACCACCACCAGAGGAAAUCAUCGAGGAACCGGUUGAAGAAGUGAAGGAAGAGCCGAAGGAAGAAAAAGUUGUGCAGACAGAGGGAGAUUUGUUGAAUUUAGGAGAUGACAUGAUGACAAGUGAAGCACAUGGAGAGAAACUAGCCUUGGCUUUGUUUGAUGGAGCAGCACCAGCAGCUGCAGGAGGUGCCACACAAGCACUUCCAUGGCAUGCAUUUGAUGAAGGGGGAGAUUGGGAAACAGCACUGGUGCAAUCAGCAACCAACUUGGGAAACCAAAAGCCAACAUAUGGUGGUGGAUUUGAUACAUUGUUGUUGGAUGGCAUGUAUAAACAAGGAGAAAUGAAUGCAGCCAUGCAAGGGCAAGGGUACGGGGUGAGUGGAAGUGCUAGUAGUGUGGCACUUGGUUCAGCUGGAAGGCCUGCAAUGCUUGCAUUGCCAGCACCACCAACAUCAUGGAGUGGGAGUGAUUCUAACAAUUCUGACCCAUUUGCAGCUUCAUUGGCUGUGGCACCUCCUUCUUACGUGCAAAUGUCAGAGAUGGAGAAGAAGCAAAGGCUUUUGCUUGAAGAACAGAUGAUGUGGCAGCAAUAUGCAAAGGAAGGCAUGCAAGGACAAGCAGCACUAGCAAAAUUACACUCUAACAACAACAAUAACAAUUCUUACACUGGAGGGUAUCCACAAAACUACGGCAACUAUUAUCGUUAACUAGCGUCUCACUAUUUUUCCUUAUUUUGAGGGGCUUACCCGCCCCAUUAGAAACACUUGUUUUCAAUCUUUAUUAUUAGAGUAUGAGUAUGAGGGAAAAAUGACAUUAAAGUCUAAACUAAUGGUAUUGUUGUCUUUCUUUGCCCACUUCAGAAAGCAAGUAGUCGCUAAUGAU